AUGGCGCCACACGUAACUGGGCGCACCAAGCCUACGAAGCCAAAGAAGCAGCAGCGUUCUACCAAGCGCAAGAGAGACGAUGUCGAUGUCGAAAAGCUAGAGCAGCUGGUUCAGGAUCUGGAUCCCAAGGGCAGCUACACUUCUUUCUCUGACCUUCCGCUCUCUCUGCCUACUCAGGAAGGCCUCAAAGCCUGUCACUUCACUACCCUCACCCCAAUCCAAGCACGCGCCGUUCCUCUCGCCCUCCAUGGCUCCGAUAUCCUAGGUGCCGCCAAAACUGGUUCUGGAAAGACUCUUGCUUUCAUCGUCCCUGUCCUCGAGAACUUGUACCGCAAACAAUGUGUCGGCCAAGAUGCUGGUCUAGGUGCCAUGAUCAUCGCCCCAACCCGCGAACUCGCCAUUCAAAUUUUCGACGUCCUGGUCAAGAUUGGAAGAAAGGGUCAUUUGUUCUCGGCUGGUCUGGUUAUUGGUGGAAAGAGUUUGCAAGAGGAACAAAAUGCUCUGGCUCGGAUGAAUAUUGUUGUGUGUACGCCUGGUCGUAUGCUUCAGCACUUGUCGCAAACCGCUAUGUUCUCUGUCGACAAUGUGCAAAUGCUGGUCCUUGACGAGGCUGACCGUAUUCUGGAUAUGGGCUUCCAGCGCGAUCUGGACGCUAUUCUCGAAUACCUCCCCAAGGAUCGUCAGACUCUGCUCUUCUCAGCCACUCAGACAAAGCGUGUUUCCGACCUCGCUCGUCUCAGUCUGAGAGACCCCGAAUACGUCUCGACCUCAGAACAGGGCGAGUCUGCCACUCCCAAAUCUCUUCAGCAGAACUACGUUCUUACUCCUCUUCCCGACAAACUUGACACUCUGUGGUCUUUCAUUCAGACGUGCAAGAAGUCAAAGAUCAUCGUCUUCUUGUCAUCUGGAAAGCAGGUCCGUUUUGUCUAUGAAGCCUUCCGUCACAUGCAACCUGGUAUUCCUCUUCUACAUCUUCACGGUCGUCAAAAGCAAACUGCUCGUCUCGACAUUACUACAAAGUUCUCACACGCUCAACACUCUUGCAUGUUCGCAACAGAUGUUGCUGCAAGAGGUCUGGACUUUCCUGCAGUCGAUUGGGUUGUUCAACUGGAUGCUCCUGAGGAUGCCGACACAUAUAUUCACCGCGUCGGUCGUACUGCCCGUUACGAGCGUGAUGGAAAAGCUGUUCUGUUCCUCGAUCCCAGCGAGGAAGAAGGUAUGCUGUCCCGUCUAGAAGCCAAGAAGGUCCCUAUCGAACGCAUCAGCGUCAAGCAAAAGAAACAACAAUCUAUCAAGCCUCAACUACAAAACAUGUGUUUCAAGGACCCUACACUCAAAUAUCUCGGCCAGAAGGCUUUUGCCAGUUACGUCCGCAGUAUUCACAUCCAGAAAGAUAAGGAAACCUUCAAACUCGACAAACUGAACCUCGAAGAAUAUGCAGCAAGUCUUGGUCUGCCUGGUGCACCCAAGAUCAAGUUCAUCGCUGGAGAUGACGCAAAGGCUAGGAAGAACGCACCCAGAGCACAGCUCGACGACUCGGAAGACGAGAGUGAAGGCGAGAAGGGAGACAAGAAGAAGUCGGAAGUCCGCACAAAGUACGACCGCAUGUUCGAGCGCAAGAACCAGGAUGUUCUGGCAGAUCACUACGCCAAGAUGGUUCGCGACGACGACAUCGAAGCUUUGGAUGGCACACAAAUGUCCGACGACGAUCUUUUCAGCGUCAAGCGCCGCAUUCCAGUGCAAGAAGAGAAAGAGGAUUCAUCAGACGAGGAGGCUACACCAGCAGUUGCAGAUAUGGAGUUACCACCAGGCGCAAAGGCCGUUCACAUUCCUGGAGCCAAGGAUGCACUCAUCAUCGACAGCAAGCGAAGAGAAAAACUACUCAAGAGCAAGAAGAAACUGCUCAAGUUCAAGGAAAGCGGCCAGAAACUCGUCUUCGACGACAAAGGAAACGCGCACCAAAUCUACGAGCUCGAAGACGAAGACGCUUUCAAGGCCAAAGGAACAGCAGAAGAGCAACGCAAAAAGUUCUUGGAAGAGGAAGCACAAAGAGUGCGCGAAUCAGAUCUCUUGGACAAAGCACUCGCCAAAGAAAAGAAGCGUGCAAAGAAGGAAAAGCGCAAGGAAAGAGAACGAGGAGAAGAAGCUGGAUCCGAAGACGACGAAGACGAAGCACCACAACUUGCCGAUGCCUCGGAAGACUUCAAGAAAUUCCUUGCUGGUUCGGACGAUGAAUCAGAAGAGAACGAGGAGGAACAACCAAAGAAGAAGCAAAAGAAAUGGUUCGAGGGAGAGGGUCGCAGGACGGAUACGGGCGGCAGAGAAGAAGCUGCUCCAGAGACUCUUGCGGAUCUGGAGGCUUUGGCUGCUGGUCUCUUGGGUUAG